ACUAAAUCGUGCGUGUCCACAUAUUUCCACACUUUACCUACACGGUGGAUUCCAAAACCGAGCAAAGUCGAUCGACCUCAUGCAGGCCUGACUGACCGACCGAAGCUCUCAACCGGCGAUCGUGAUCGCUCCAGAGGCAGCUCCGGCGGUCCUUGUCUAAGCCAGCGAGCGGUCUUUGAUCUGCCUCAAAGUCGAGCGCUCCAUCCACUUCACUCGUACACGCUCAGUGCGCUUUCGAUUCUUCCAAACAUGGCUCCUCGGCCCGUCAUUGUCAUCACGGGCGCCAAUUCUGGUGUGGGCUACGGCACAGCCCAAAGGCUUCUGGUCCAGCUCUCGCAAGCCAUUCCUUCCGACACGUUGCCAGAUUGGACUCUCAAAUCUUCCUCAUGGGCUGGAAUCGCCUCGACUAGCAACGAUGAGCAGCUCAAUCCUCCUUCUCCUUUCGCUGCGCCGGAUGGAUGCGUGCUGAUCUUGGCGUGUAGGAACCCCAUCAAGGCGCACGCAGCUAGGAGGAACCUCGAAGGUCUGCUCAGAGCGUUGGCGGAGCUGCCAGACGACUCGCCUGCCCCGAGAGAAGCGCCAAAGGAGAAGAGAGGCAUCGAUGAGGAUGCGGAUGCCGCUAUCGCUGCUCAGGCCGCUCAAGCUCAAGGCAGGCGGAAAAAACGAGCAACAGAUGCGAUCGCCAAGCAUGCGGCUGAUACUGCUGCGGCAGCUGCUGCCGAAAGUGGAGACGAGGGGGAUCAUCUAGGCCCAAUCGCUCCUGCUUUGGACUCGUUCGACUCAUCGACGAGCUUUACUUCAGCUUACGACUCGCUUACCCGAACCGGCUCCACGUCAAAAGCUUCCUCGAGUAGCACCCCCGCAUUCAGGAGAGAUCCGACGAGAGAUGUGCACGGAGCCUCUUUGAGUCUAUUCAGCAGGGAGGCCAAAGCGAGAGGAGAGUACAGACGAAGAUUCUGCCAGGGGACCUCGAUCGAAUUCGUCCCGCUAGAUCUGGGCAGCAUGGCAAGCGCGCUCAAUUGCGCCAGCGAAAUCCAGAGGAGGCAUGGCUAUGUGACGCACGUCAUCCUCAAUGCUGGCAGCGCCGCUUGGACCGGUCUGAAUUGGCCCUUGGCGGUUUGGAUGAUCGUGACUAGGCUGCAUGUAGCUGUCACUUGGCCCAAGUACAAAAUGCAGAGAUCCGGUGAUCGAGGUGCAGACGGCUACGGCUGGGUUUGGCAAGCCAACGUCGGCGCGCAUUACAUUCUCACUCGAGCUUUGCUGCCCGCCUUGAGAGCGACGCCAUUUGCUACACCAUCAAGAAUCAUAUGGACCGGCUCGAUCGAAGCGUAUGCGCGUUACUACGAUCCAGCAGACUGGCAGUGUCUAGAUGCUGCGCAUUCUCCCUGGCCCUACGAAUCCACCAAAUAUCAGUGCGAACUGGCUGGCAUCGGUCUUGGCGAAGCUUUGAAUCGGCAAAGGAUGAGCACCGUGCCUAGUACGCCUCUGAGCGACUCGCAAGACACGUCUUACGGGUCCGUCCUGGUCGGCGAAGCCAAGACGCAGAGGAGAGAGUUGGAGCCAAAGAGCUUCGUGGUGCACCCUGGCGUAGUUGCGAGCAGCAUCUUUGCGGAAUACCUCAACGUGUUCAUGGCUGCAUGCAUGGCAUUCGCUUUCUACCUGGCUCGCUGGACAUUUUCACCUCAUCACCCCAUCGAAGGCUACAAGGGAGCCGUAGCAGCCUCGCACGUCGCUCUAGCUCCUUCACACCUGCUCGACACUAGCGCGCGGUACGGCUCACGAGCGACGUUCUGGGGACAAGAGUAUGUGCAUGCUGGACGGGUCGAUGGGUGGGAUGUGGCCAAGCUCAGAAUGGGAGCGAAAGCAAGGCAAGAGGUGGAGCAGGCAGCUGCGGGCCAAGCUGUUCGACUGAAAGCGAGGGAAUUGAUACAAAAAUUGGAAGGUGUGGCGAGGGAUGUGUGGAGGCAGGCGAGGAAUGGAGAGAUUGCUCCGCUCAGCCUGCUUGCACUGCACCCGGACCAAUUUGAGCCGCAAAAUGAUCUCGUUCCGCUGCCGUCUAAGGGAUUGGAUGUAAGAAGACGCAAAGGGGAACAAGAGGAUGAAAAGGAUAGGGAUUGGGAAAAAGUCGAAAGCGAGCUGUGAUUUGUAUGCUGAUCGGGAGACAUCGGCGGCCAAGGCGCAAAGAAAUGUACGACGAUAAUCCAUCAAAUACCCCCAUU